CGAUCGAUGACCACAACGUUAAAGAACAUCCAGUAUUCUUGAUCUGCCAGCUCUCAAGAGAGAUACAAAGCCCAAACAAAACACCCGAAUAGGACAUAACCUCGAAAACUAUCUUUCAGACUCCUGUUCCCACCGAUUAAUACCACUACCACACAAGAUGUCCGCCAGUCCUGCCUCGUCGACCGGUGGCGACUCUAAGCAGAACGUCGAUCAGAUUCAUUUUCGAUUCUGUCGCGAAUGCUCCAACUUGCUCUACCCGAAGGAAGACCGUGUCAACAACCGCCUGAUGUUUACCUGCCGAACCUGCCAUGUCGCCGAGCCUGCAUCUUCGUACUGCGUUUACCAGAACAAGCUGAACAGUCAAGUGGGAGACACAGCUGGUGUGACUCAGGAUGUCGCAUCAGAUCCUACGCUGCCCCGGUCGAACAAGCUUUGCCCGAGCUGCGGUGAAAACGAGGCGGUGUUCUUCCAGUCGCAACAGCGAUCUGCGGAGACUGGAAUGAAACUCUACUAUGUCUGCUGCACCUGCGGUAAUGUGUUUACAUGAUACCAGACCUUUCCGGUUAUCGAUACCCCGGUUAUAGUUUCAGGAGGUUGUUUGGAGUUUUAGGCGAUUGUUGGGAUAUUGAUAAAUUGUUGAUGGUUCGAGCUCGUUAUGCAUAGCUCGGGAGCGCCAAAUAAAAAUAAGGAAGCGUUGAUUUGGAGAUGGACUUCUUGAUUGAUUCUUAU